AUGAUAAAGAAACAAAAAACAACUUAUAAUUAUCAAGAAGAUUUAAUAUAUAGUUAUAGUGAACAAUCAUUUACCAAACUUUUAGAUAUUAUAAAAUUAUACGAAAGUGAUAAUGAAGAAAUUAGAUACAAAUGUGUAGUUUAUUUUAAUCAAUAUCACCACAACAAGUAUUUUUCAAUAGUAAAUUAUCAACACUAUUUGGAGUUUAUAGCAGAUGUUUUUUUUGAAGAUUCUUUAAAAAUAUUUAAUGAGCUAAAAAAUGCAAAUUAUUUUCAAGAUGGUGAACUAAUAACAUCAAAUAUAUCUGGUUCUAUUUUAGCAAAACUGUAUAAUCAAAUAACAUUUGAUAAAAGAUUUAAUGGGUGGUUCAAAGAACAUUAUCAAAAUAAUAUUGAAUUGUUAAAAUUUAAAUUAGAUAUUUUUAAAUCGUUGGACCAAAACAAUAUCGUAGAUUUUAAUAGAAAAAAAAAUAGAUGGUAUAGUUUCAGUAUUGAAGCGAUGUUAGAAUGCAGACCAAAUAUAAAAUUUGAAGUUGAUACUUUAAAUAAAAUAGUUAAUAACAAAAAAAUUGAACCUAAGUUCUAUAUGAAUAAAGAUGAUGAUAUGGAUGACAGUACAGAUGAUGAAAGUUUGGAAGAUGAAAGUGUGGAAUAUAUAGAAAUAACUAAUAAUAAUAAUAACAAUAAAAUAUAUAACUUUUCAGAUUUAGUAAUACAUGAUAUUUUAUUAAAUUAUAAAAAUCAACUUAAAAAAAAUUCGGUUCAUAAAUCAUUAUUAUCAUUAGCAUUGGUUUCAAAACAAUUUUUUAAAGUUAUAACCAAUUUAAUAAAUAAUAAUAAUUUAGAGUGGCCUCGAAAUGCUAUUAAAUAUAUUAGACCAAGUAAUAUACCUCAGUUUAGUUUAAUUAACCAACCACCAUUAUCAUUGGAAUAUCUCUCAAUUAAACAUAUACCCUAUAGAAAUUAUAGUAAAGAGGACUUAGAAUUAUUUUUCUCACGCGUGGAAUCGAUAUCAAUGGGACGUUUAGAUAAUCUCCAAGAUAACCACUUUAAGUAUUAUAGAGGUGUAAGAAAUUUAGGACCUGGUAUUAUAGAGGAUCAUUUAAUAUUACCACCACCAAUGAAAAGUUUAAGAAAUAUUUCAAUAAAAAGCUUUAUUGUAUCUCCAUCAUAUACAAAGCUUAUAGAUAAUAUUUUAAUACAUAGCUCAGCCGACCAUGGCGGCGUUGGAAUCAACAAUUUUUUAUUAGAAAUCGAAGAAAAAUCAAAUUCUUUAUCAUUCCUCGAAACCCUUUUUAAAUACCACUUUAACUCAUUAAAGUAUAUCAAAAUAAUAUUAUUUUCAGAUAGUUUAAUAAAUAAUAUUUUAGAAAUUAUUCUUCCAUACAGCCACAACCCACAAAUAGAAAAUAUAAAAAUAGAUUUGUUUGAAUUUUUCGGUCAUGAUAUCAAUUAUUUUUUAAAUAACCCCGAUGGAAUAAUAGAAAUCGAUGAAUAUAAACUACUUUUAAAUAAAAUUCAUAAUAAUAAUAAUAAAUUAAGUAAAAAUAAUUUUCCCUAA